AUGGGAAGGAAAAGAAAAAGCGGAAAGCAACUGAACGGAAAGUGAGUGAAUUUUUAAUGAAUUUCAAAAUAAAAAUAGCUCGUUUCCUUUUCAUAGCGGGAGAUCAAUUUUAAUACUUCUUCGUUCUGUGGGACAAGCCGUUAAGCACCCGUUGCUAGUUUAUGAUUGCGAAUCACGUAAGUAGAACGCGCUUCUGCUGUCAACUGAACUUUUUCAUUCAGAAUUGUGUAGAGACAACGGAUCCAUACGCCAGGAAGUUAUGAAAAUGAUUUGUUUUGCCGGAAUACCUGCCUGCUGUUUGUCCGCCAAAGGGUGCGGAAUAGACAACCAGUAAUAUUUUCACUCAUAAUUCUUAUACAAGACUGUUGAAGCCUGGAUCCGCUGGGCGGGGCGAGCUGACGCUCGGAAGCGGCUUCGCCGCUUGUACCAUAGAUUCCUAGAACCGUUCUAAGGUUCACGUGUUCAUUUCUCUAAUUUUUCUGUCACAAGUAUUUCGUUUUAGAAAUAAAAAGGGGACGGACAAACAGAACUAACGCAGCGGGCCCAGGUUUAGAGACCUGUGAAAUAUACAAAUGAACACGAAGUUUCUAACGGUUUUCGGAAAAAAUUGGCGAAGUGAUGAAAAUUUGAAAAGUAAAUUAUUGUUAACUAAAAUUAAAUAGUUAUCAUGAAUGAAACAGUUAAAGAUUCCGGGUAGGGGGUUUGAUCCAAUUCUGAAUCUAAUCAGAUUUAAUUGAAGUUCCAGUAAAAUCGUAUUAGAUUACAAUAUAUUUCCUGAAUUGCAAUCUGAUAAGAACAAAUUGCAAUCUAAUUAGAAAACAUUGCAAUCUAAUUAGAAAACAUUGCAAUCUAAUUAGAAAAAUUACAGUGAUUGCAAUCUAAAUAGAAAAAUUGCAGUGAUUGCAAUCUAAUUAGAAGAUUUUGCAAUCUAAUUGAAGCAAAUUCUAUUUCAAACGAGUUCGUAUUAGAUUGCAAAGUUUUCUAAUUAGAUUGCGAUCGAGUUCCCAGGGAUACUGUCCUUUUUACAGCCAGGCGGAGGAAGCAGCUGGACAUGCAAUGAUUGACUUCUUCCGAUGUGCUCUACCAAAUAGUGCAAUUACAACACUCUUAGUGAGUAGUGAAGACAACCUGCCACCGUCUAGCAUUAAUCAAAUCGCUCCAAUUUUCAAGGAAUUCGAAAAAGCCAUAUCUUCAGAUUUUUUACUCAUCAAUAGAGUUGGGAACUAUAGAAAUCACUGAAACGUUUUUUCAUUCCAGUGUUCGCAAUAUGAUAUGACAUCCGCUGCUUUGAAUCGAGGUAAAGGAGUAAAGAAGCGUGUGUUAAUGAACUUAACUAAUCCGGAUUUUGGUUUGUUAAAAGUUGCCACGACGAUUUCAAAUUAUUUUUUUGCAGGUUACUCGAAUUCAAGCCCACUAAUGUCAAGAGAUCAGCGCUCACACACAGACGCUCCUAAUUCUUCAAAUGCCAAUUCAGAAAUUUCUAUCGACGGUGGAAGCUUAACAAUUCUAGGAGAUAACGCUAUUGAGCAGCGCACGAUCAGUCAGAGUCUGACUCAGAAAGAGCAAAUUAAUCUUACUGGUUCCGAUGAUGAAAUUUUUUUUCUAGGAGAAGUAAGAAGCCAGCUCAACCUUUUGUCACCUUUUUCUUUCCAGAACAAUAUGAGAGAUCGAGCGCUGUCUGAAAAUCAACUGAUGGGAAUCGUGAAAAUGAGAGAACUAGACGAAAUUCGAAAAAAAACGGUUUCCGAUCUAAUUGCUGAACAGAACAUGUGACAACUGCUUCUAGAUAAUAAUUCAAAAGCAUAGUUACAGAAAUCGAAAAAAAAAAAAUUGUUAUGCCCACAAAGAAGUAUAUUUUGGCAUUCCAAAUAUAUCGCGAUCAAAACCGCCAGAAGUUUUCUGCGCUGCCCCAAAUGGUAGACAUGAUUUGUUAUGGGGUUAUUCAGAUUAUGUUUUCUAACGUAAAUAGCAGUGUGUCUAAAUCUAUUCUAAUGUCUACUCAGACGACUCAAUUCGAAUCUAAUUAGAACAAAUAAGACAAAACCUCGUUUAAUUAGAUAAUUUUAGUUUCUAAUGCAACCUCUUUAGAUUCGCAAUAAAACCAAGUCUAUUUAUACAGCUUUGGAAUCUAAUGCUAGUCUAAUUAGAAAGACCUGGUCUAAUUAUGAAAAUUUCACAUCUAAUUAGACAAAUUGCGAAUCUAAUCGUAGUUAAAUUAGUUUCUAACGCAACCUCUUUAGAUUCUAAUUGAGUUGUCUGAGUAGUUUAAUAGAGACAGGAUGUUACUGGGUUGAUUCUAGAGAACACACUGGUCAAUAGACUCAAUCCAGCAAUAUAAAAAACAAAACAAAAACAUUCUAUGAAUAACCCUUCACCCCUAUUAUUAUAGGGGGACCGCACAGAAAUGGCGCUCUGUUGAGAAACUUUUUGCAGUGCAAAUUGAGCGACCUCGGGGCCGAGUUUGAAAAAUUAAGCCACGUUUUCAGUGGAAAAUUACUUCGCGGCCUAGAAAUUCGGUCAGAUUGCUAACAGCGCGCCCUUUCUGUCUGGUGCCCCUAUAAUAGAUACCAUAAAAAAAUAAUAGCUAAUUUACAGUAGUUUCUUCAUACACGGAAGCCUGUUCAAGUGAUUCUGAAGACAGUGUUAUAAAGAGGAAACUCUCUAAGACUGCUUCAAAAUCUAACAAAAAAAUGGAAAUCAAUUCAGACUUGGGCAAUGUUAUAGUACACGCUACAUCCGGAAAUAGUCUUACAAUUAGGGACUCGAGCUUCACAAAAGGUAAGUACUCGGUAAACCUCUGCAACUCCUGAUCAGACUUUGAGCCUCAAAGUUUGAGGUGAUAGCAGCUUUUGGAUAACAGUUCAGCACCUGUUGCUCUGGGAACUCGAUCGCAAUCUAAUUAGAAAACUUUGCAAUCUAAUACGAACUCGUUUGAAAUAGAAUUUGCUUCAAUUAGAUUGCAAAAUCUUCUAAUUAGAUUGCAAUCACUGCAAUUUUUCUAAUUAGAUUGCAAUGUUUUCUAAUUAGAUUGCAUUUUUUUCUUAUUAGAUUGCAAUUCAGGAAAAAUAUAUUGUAAUCUAAUACGAUUUUACUGGAACUUCAAUUAAAUCUGAUUAGAUUGCGAAAUAGAGCUUUUUCUUAUUAGAUUGCAAACUCUUCUAAUUAGAUUGCAAUCGAGUUUCCAGAGUGACAACAGUGUUGAGCAAACUUUUGUGUAAGGAUUUUUUGAACAAAACCUAAAAAAGCAACUUUUGAGCAAACGUUCAGCGACGUAAACUUUUAAACAACAGUUCAGCAGCUUUUGAGUAAACAUUUUGGCGAUAGGAACUUCUGCACAGAACAUCAGCAGCUAUUAAACAGAAGUUAGGUGAAAGUUCCCGAAGUUCUACUGAAAAGUUGCCCAGGUGUGAUCACUUUUCUCCAAAAAAUAUAUACUGUUCUAAAUAAUUCCCAUUUUUAUUUGAAAUUCAAUUUGAAAUGUCAUAGUCUUGACCUCCUUAAAAUAUAUAUCGACUUAAAAAAUUGCAUUCAACCUCCUGAUUUCUACAUUUCAUACCUGCAAGUGUGCAAUCAAAAGGGUUUCAUUGAAAUAGAGCUGCUUCGGAGCAGAACUCUUUUGAAAUAUAGUUUUUUCGAAGAAUUGCUAUUUCCGGAUUUCUAUUCUACUUCGAAGUAAUUCCAUUCCUAGUGUUAUAUUUCAAAGUCGCAUCUCAAAUAACAUUCUGACCUCAUUCACAAAAGCAAACAUGCUACAGAUUCCGAUGAAGAAUUAGGAGAGGUUGUUGAUGAGUGGGCCGAAAGCGAUGAGCACGAAGAAAAACGUAAAACCGAGUGGUCUCAUAAAAACGGGACAACAGGAACAAGUGAUCUCCAGGAUUGUGAGUUUUUUCAAUACAUUUCACACUCUCGCUUGUCUUUUCAACUAUUUGAAUCCAUUAGAAAACAUGACAAAUGAAAUUCAUUUAGAUAAAAAUUCGGUAUAUAAACCUAAUCUCGAUAAUGAAUUAUCGAUACGUCAGGAAAAGAGAAUCGGAGUUGUUUCAAACAAAGUUUUGGUAAGUGUAAAUGGGUCGCUCAAUUGCCAUUUUACGAAAUUUAAAAUAGGUAAGGAGAGUAGAAUGGUUUAUUACACUUGUUACGCAAAGAUCCAGUCACUCGAUUAUGAAUUUAUCAAAACUCGCUUGGGAUCAAUAUUUAAACAAUCAGCAACCGGAUGUGGUUUAUGAUCGGAAAAUGAGAGCUAGACAGUUGUUAUUCAACGAGAUUCAAAAGGUUAUUUGACCCUGAGAUGGUUUAAUUCAAUCGAAAAACACUUCCAGCUAUUCCCCGAUAAAUGCAUUAGUCUCCAAGUAACUGGUUCAACUGUGAAUGGGUGCGGAUCUUACAACUCUGAUACUGACAUGUGUUUGUGUUAUCCUACCUCAGGAUAUCGUGGGCAAAACUUUGAUGAUUUUCACGGCGAAAGAAGGUAUAACUAAAUUACCCGGAAGUUCUCCAAUUAAAUGCUUUACAGCUUUUCAUCGAAAAUUCUCCGAAAAAUUGAAAAGACCUUUAGGCGACUUCCUGUCGGGCAUCCAUUCAAAAGACUGGUAAAGUGUUGUCAAUUGAUUCCUGCGAAGGUAGUUAUUUCGAAAUUUUUCUUGAAAACGUAAACUCUUUGUUGCAUUUAAGGUACCGAUUAUCAAGCUGUUGCUUAAUGGAGAAUUCGAUGGAAUUGAUAUCGAUAUAAACGUCAAUAACGUAGCAGGAAUUUACAAUUCGCACCUACUUCAUUACUAUUCAAUGUAACGAAAACUCGUUAAUUAAAAAGCGAAAAGUGUAAUUGUAGGUUGGAUGGUCGGGUUCCUGCCUUGGCGCUGUUAGUCAAGCACUGGGCGAUGGUAGCUGGAGUUAACAAUUCACAAGAAGGCUAUUUGAACAGCUAUAGUUUGAUACUACUUGUAAUUCAUUUCUUGCAAUGUGGAGUCCAACCUGCUCUCUUGCCGAAUUUGCAACACAUAUUCCCACAAAAAUUCGAUAACAAAAUACCCCUCGAAGAACUGCUGCUAUUCGGAGAUAUUGCCAAACAAAUGCCGUGUGCGUAUUUAGAAGCCAAAAUCUGUAUUCGUGUUUCUCAAGCAACGCAUUUUUCCAGCAUAUCCAUCGAACACUUCGUCACUGGGCGAACUGACUAUCGGCUUUUUUGAAUAUUACAGUCAUUUUGACUUUGAAAACAACGCUAUCUCUAUCAGAUCAGCACAAGUUUUUUCACGAAGCGUACUUCCGAAAAACAUGUCUUAUCAUCCGAUUUUUAUAGAAGAACCUUUCGAUGCUGUGAAUACGGCUAGGUAUUCUAAAUAUGGAUGUUUGACCAAAAGGAGCUGACUAUUGCAGAACUGUCCGAACAAUCAAUCACAUGAACACCAUCAGGGCAGCUUUCCGGCAGGCAUCUUCCGUGUUUGAACAGCAAUCUUUCAAAAUGUCUGACCUCGGUGUUACAGUUGUCCCUAGAAAUUGA